AUGGCCACAGCUGCCUCCAGCCCCUACACCCUGCUCAGCUCCAGUCCCAUGAUCCACCCGGACAGCCAGGCCAUGCAGCCUGCUAGCCCCUACAGAGGACACCAGAAACUCCUCCAAAGUGACUACUUGCAGAGCGUCCAGAGCAACGGGCACCCGCUCGGUCACCAGUGGGCGAGCAGCCUAUCGGAGGGCAGCCCCUGGUCGGCUUCCAUGGAGCAGCAGGACGUGAAACCAGUACGAGAGGACCUGCAGCUCGGCAUCAUCCAUCACCGCUCCCCGCACGUAGCGCAUCACUCCCCUCAUCACAACAACCAUGGCAACCACCCGGGAGCCUGGGGAACUCCUGUGUCCCACAACUCCUCCAUCACCAGCGGGCAGCAGAUCAACAUCUACUCCCAGACGGGCUUCACUGUCAACGGCAUGUUGGACCACGGCGGGCUCACACCUCCACCCAACCCGCAGGGCCAAGGCAUGCACCCGGGCCUCAGGGACACACUCAGCCCCGAGCACAGCGACCUCGGCGGGCACCACUGCCACGACCACUCCGACGAAGAGACGCCGACUUCGGACGAGCUGGAGCACUUUGCCAAGCAGUUCAAACAGAGGAGAAUCAAGCUGGGCUUUACGCAGGCGGACGUGGGGUUGGCUCUGGGUACGCUGUACGGUAACGUCUUUUCCCAAACCACCAUCUGCAGGUUCGAGGCUCUGCAGCUGAGCUUUAAAAACAUGUGCAAACUAAAGCCGCUGCUGAACAAGUGGCUGGAGGAGGCAGACUCGACAACAGGCAGCUCUAGCAGUAUAGACAAGAUAGCAGCUCAGGGGAGGAAGAGGAAGAAGAGGACGUCCAUCGAGGUGAGCGUAAAGGGGGUCCUGGAGACACACUUUCUCAAGUGUCCCAAACCCUCUGCGCCGGAGAUCACCUCGCUGGCGGACUCGCUGCAGCUGGAGAAGGAGGUGGUGCGCGUUUGGUUCUGCAACCGGAGGCAGAAGGAGAAACGUAUGACGCCGCCGGGAGAGCCGCCGCAACACGAGGGACCCUAUUCUCACAGCGGGAGUGGAGGAGACGCCUCCUCGUGCCACGAUCUCUGA